AGAAAAAGUGGAACUAUGGAUUCUUAAAAAUAGUGGUUAGCCUGUUAUUGUUUUGUGUUAGUUCAAUUGCUUAUUUAGGUAUUUGUUUUAGCCAACAGUCGUUGAUGUUAUAUUUGUUUUUAGUAAAGUGCAGUGUUAUGGUUCUGUAAGGUGAAGAUAUUGCCAGGCCUAUCAAGAAGUCUGUCUUUGGAAAAUACUGAGACUAAUCUGUAAGAAAUUUUUAAUAUGGGAGAUGAACAGGACGUGUUUCUUUCUCCCGAAGUGCCGAACACUCAAUUGGUGUGUUCAGAAAACACUCCUGUUGAUACUCUGGAUGAUUAUGAUGAUGAUGAUGAAUCCAUGUGGGGGUGGCUUUACCCGACACAAAACAUCAGUUUUAAACCUCUGGCCAUGCAGAAGGACGAAUAUACGUUUGGUAGGUCUCCCAAAUGUGAUGUGGUCUUCAAUGAUGGAUGUGUCUGUGAUAACCUUCUGCAGGUGAUAAGUAAAAACCACUUUAAAAUAUUCAAAGAAACUCUAUCGGGAAUCGAAGCAAUACAUCUGAUGGAUCUAAGUAUGAAUGGUACAUUCGUGAACAAUAAUAAAAUUGGAAAAGGAAAUAAGGUGAUUUUGAAAAACAAAGAUGAAAUUGCUUUGGCAAAUCUUCACAACAAAGUGUAUGUUUUUAUAGACACGUCAUUUAACAAACAUUGGAUUCCACCUGAAAUGAAGGAGAUUUACACGGUGAUUGGUCCAUUAGGCAGUGGAGCGUACGGAGAGGUGAAACUCGCCCAGAACAAGAUAAAUGAAAAAUAUGUUGCUAUAAAGAAAAUACAGAAGCGAGAGGGAAAAGAGGGAAAGACUUACAAUGAAGUUAGGAUACUGCAAAACUUGAAACAUCCAUGUGUGGUGACGAUGGAGGACGUGUUUGACACGAGCGAUUCCUUGUACAUCGUCAUGGAGUACGUCAGUGGUGGGGAGCUGGCCAAGAGGAUCAGAGAGGUUACAAGACUGAGUGAUGGGGAGGCCAAAUGUAUAUUCUACCAGUUGGUGUUGGCCUUGCAAUAUCUUCACCUGAAGAGGGUGGCUCAUAGGGACCUCAAGCCGGAAAAUGUUCUGCUGAUGAGUAAGAACCAGAAGUGCAACGAACGGCUAGUGAAAGUCAGUGACUUUGGACUGAGCAAGUUAAUAGACACCAAUACAGACCUGAAGACGAUGUGUGGGACACCCGUCUACACGGCACCCGAGAUACUGAUGACACAAGGAACUGGGUUCUACACACAUCAGGUUGAUGUCUGGAGUCUGGGUGUCAUGCUGUUUUUGUGCUUGAGUGGCAAGUUACCGUUCAGUAAGGACCGAAGCCCUCUUCCUGUGGUGGAGCAGAUCGUACGAGUCAGUUACUCCAUGUCUGGACCCGAGUGGCGAGGUGUCUCUCCCCAGGCCGCCAGCCUCAUCAGGCGAAUGCUCAAGGCUGACCCUAACCAGAGGAUUACCAUAGAGCAAAUCCUGGCUCACCCCUGGCUACAGGAUAAAGCUAUGAAAUCAAAAGUGGAUCUGUUAAUGAAGGACAAUGCACCAUGUGGUGACGAGAACUUGUACCUCGAGCUCCAGGCCUCUACAUUGAGGCCAGCCAAACGUAGAAGGCUGGGAGAUGAUGAUACAGUAUUGAAAUCCUAGUACCUGCCUCUCCUGUGAUAUUAACUAGUACCUCAUUGAAGCUACAGCUGCCUAUUGUUUAAGGACGACAUAAUACUUAAAGUAUUGUUAAGUUUUCAUGUUUACAUUUCAUCGGAGGAAAUAAUUUAACACUUCAUUAGAAUGUGUUAUUUCCUUGAAUUUGUCUUGUUGCUUUCUCUGUGUGAAACAAGUUAAUGUUUAUACAGAUAAAUAAUAUUUGUAACUAUUAUAUCUUUUGGUGCUAGCUUUAACUACAAAAUUUUAAGGUGCAAUGAGUGUUGAAAACAAUGUUUGCCAUAAUUCUCAGUAAAUAUUAAGAUUUUAUUUAAGAAACGUUGACUUUCAGCCAAUGAGAAACCAGUACAAAUUUUCUUAUUUUUAUUUCAAAAGUGGAAAUUAUACAGGGUGUCAGUUACAAGUAUUAAGAAAAAAAUUGUGUUAUAAAACUUUAUAUUGGCUACUAAAUGGUGUACAUUUAAGGGGCUAUGCUCUAACCGUAAGAGAAUAAAAAAUAGUUUAAGCACCGAUAUUUUAUUUAGUAAAAUACGGGACUUAUUGUAGUAAAAUAAACAUUUUCAAGUUAUAGCACUAUUUUUUAUUGUUUUAGCAUAAUUAAAAAAAAAUAUAUAAUAAGAAUAACCUGUUUGAAUUUAACUAUUCGCUAUUGGCAAAAUAUCUGGCUCGGGAUAACAUCAUAUUUAAAUUAUAAACACGUUUUUGUGUUUUUUUGCACGUAAGUGUGCAACAAUUAAUUUAUUUACAAUUUUAUACAAAAAAAAUACAUGCUAAUAUAUAACACUAGUGUUUCCAAUAAACAAAACAAAUUUCCCUGAAAUAUAAUCAUUCAAUCCAUAGUUUGAGUUUAUAUUUUCGUACUAAAUUGCUGUAUAUUGCCUCUGAUAGAUAUGGUUUUAAACAUUUUCAUGUAAAACAUUAAUUGGUAUGGUUUUGCUUAGAUUUUAUGGAUUGUAUUCUGCAAACCAGUAAGGUAAAUUGAAAUGUCAAAAAAACCAUUGUUUGUAGCCGAUACCAAGUAUUUUAACGCAAAUUUGUCUGUUUAAUACUUUAUGAAAAUCUGUUAUUUACUUGUAUUAUAUCUUGGUUUAUUCUCUGUAAAUGAGUUGUAUUUAUACAUAAUGUCUAAUGUUUACAAGUGUUUUGUCUCUUUUUAUAUUUAUUCUCAGUUUAUUUCCUUUAUAUAUGUGUAUCUACAUCCGUAGUUCCAUAUCUGUAAGUAUAAUAUUUUGAAAGCAAUAUUUCUCUUGAUUUGUAUGUGUAUGCAAAUGCAAUUUUUUUUGUUAUGUUCCUUUUCAUAAUAAUACUUGUAGCCUAAUUUGAAGAGCAGUUUCUAAUGUUUAUAUUAUUUAAAAACUGUUCUUAUUUGUUGACCGUGUAGAGUACAAAGCUGUUAUUGUAGAACUUUUUGUAUUAUAUUUGCUCAAUUUUGUACAAUUAUUGAAUUUACUAUUUUGUAAGUAAUUACCAUUAGAUUAUAUAAUAAGUAGUUAACAAUAUUUUUUUUUAUUUAUAGAUAGCUUUUCACGUUGUAUUUAUUAAAUAAUACGUUGUAAAAUAGACUUUCAAUCAACUUGUGCCUUUAUUUAGAAUGAAUUAAUUAUAUAUGAGGUUUGUACAAAUAUUGUGUGUGUAAUAAUACAACAUAAUUGACUUUUGUUGUUGAGCCGCAUGAUUAUAAAAUUGUUGAUUUCGAAAGACUUUACACAAAAUAACAAUUAAUAAUUGAAAAUUGUGUGAUCAUUAUUACUUGUAUCAAAUAAAAAAAAUUCCAAUUGUUCCUUGAAUCUUCAUAUUUCCGUAAAGUUAUGAAACAUGCGAUCUUCCAAAGUAGUGUUGUCACCAUUGCUCAAACCUUAUUUUGAAGAUACUGUUUAUAACUGUACAAAUUUGCUCUCUUGUAUUUUGUUGAAUCUUCCGUCUGAUACUGAAGCCUGUAUCCAUUAAGUCUUUGUUUGAUAUUGGUGAUAAAAAACAUCACAAGCAGGAUAAGUUGAAUAAAGAGGUAUCUGUGGUGUUAAAUAAUUAAAACUCUUAAGACAUUCUGUGUUCUUUGUGUAAGUUACAAUAAAAGAGUUGUAACAUUAAGAUUUAAAAAGUUACUAUGGCAAAAGAAAAUAAUGCUGCUCUCAUGGAACUUAUUACAACAUAUAUUCCCUCAACUUUGCAAAUUAAUCCAGUAAAGUACAACACCAAAUCGUGUUUUAUUUUCUGUGAUACUCCUCAGCGGAAGCAUUUUAUUGGCAUGGUAAUUUUUGAACACUCACUUUACUAAACGGAAAAUUUACGUCGAACUCUGUAUAAGUGAUAAUAAAUUGUGUGUUCAGUUUUUGUAAUGAUAAGACAUACUCUUAUUAGAUAAGUUAUUUAUAUAAGAUCAGUGCUUCAUAUGUUAUGAUUUAUGGUAUGUUACGAUAAGCUUGUGUUAAUAUUUAUGAUAUUAGUCUUGUAAGGUGCUUCAAUUCUGUAUUUAACCCUCUCCUGGUCAUAGACUCAGGACGCUACUUGACUCCAUUAAUUCUUUAAGUUGUGUCUAUUAUUAAUACAUCGUACUAUACAAAGAUGUAUUUUUAAUGAUAGAAUAACCUUACUUGGGUAUUUAAUAGACAAGUGAUGCAACAAGAAUAGUACAGUGAUGAUGCACCAGACUGUCUGAUGUCCAAUCCCAGAUUCAUUGUCAUCUGUUCCACAGCCAAUCUCACUACCACUAGUUUAGCUUAAAGCUAAUUUGCGUAAAUAAUUGGAAUUUUACUAAUUUACUCGAUAAGGCGCUGUUGCCAAUUAUUGGUUAAUCUUGGUAUGGAAUAACUGUGUUUUAAUUCCAAUAAUGAUUAUAUGAGGGCUAUCCAGAAAGUAGAUUACGUUUUGAUACAAACUGUUUUUUACAAAGUACAAGAAAAAAGCUUUUAUUACAUACAUUUGAAAGUGACACUUAAGCACUAUUUUUCAACAUAGUCACCAUACCAAUUUAGGCACUAUAAUAUUGGUGAAAUAGUUUUGAAAUACCAGCGUUAUCAGUCAGUCAUGACCUCCCACAGUUCCACGUCAUCAUCAAAGCACUGCGUCGCAAGCCAGGUCGAAUUGCUGGAAACAGGUGCUAGUCGCUGAGUGAAAGGUCCAGACUUUUGUGUAAAAACCAAAUUUUCAAACUUUACCUACCUCUGCACUUGUUUUGUAUUGCUCUUCUUAACUUUUGCAAGGUUUCACAAUACCUCACGGAAUUUAUGGUUGUACCAUGUUCUAAGAAAUCAACAAAAAGAACUCCUUACCUGUCCCAAAAAACAAUUGCCAUAAUCUUUUGUGCUGAUAAUGUUUGCAUGCAUUUCCUUGGUUUUUUGGAGGAGUGUGUGUGCUCCCCCCCCCACCUUAGACUAUAAUUUGGUUUCGCAAUUCAUGUGUUUUACCCAAGCCUCGUCUUCUGUAUUGAAUUGAUCAAGCAGCAAGUCACCACCUUUUCAAUUAUGUCCAAAAAUGACAUUGAAGCAGCCAUACGUUGAGUUUUAUGGGUUUCUGUUAAGAUUUUCUGUACCCAUUUUGCACAAAAUUUAUAGUAACCUAAUUUCUACAUAACAAACUUCUUGAAAUUUGAGGAAAACUAAGUGAGAGUUCUAUUAUUGUGAAUCUGCGGUCAUUAAUUUUUUCAUCAACUAGGGACAAUUUAAUCGUUCACAAUACUUGGUCGCCCACUUCAAUUGUCAUAAUGUACAUUGGUUUGGCCAUUUUUAAACCUAAUGCACCACUGACGCAAUCCACCUUCACUACUUACAUCGUUCUCAUAAAUACAGAGUUGGCGAAAAAUCUCAAUUGGUUUAUUGUGCUCAGUUGGUUGAUCGUUUUACGGACUGCACUUCACAACUCAUACAAUUUUCAAUUGCGUCACUCAUUUAAAAUUGUAAUUGUAAAACAACAAGGAGCGAAAGUAACCUCUCAGUAGCACGGCUAGAUAGCCAUUGAAUGGAUAAAUGCCCUGACAUCAAAAUGGCCACAAUAGUCCCUUCCAUAGCAGUUACAGAGUGAUAUGUAAUCUACUUUCUGCUUAGCCCUUGUAUAAAUUAAAAAUAACAAUCGUGAAAUAGACCAUCUGUUAUAAUUCAGUAUGUCACCACUAGAGACUAGCAAUUAACCAUCUCAAAUUGGUAAAGUAGUUGAUCUGAGUCUUAUGAGCAUGAAAGGGUUGAAGAUAUAAUAACUGUACUGUUAAGGUAGUUUAUCACACUCAUACAUGUAUCAAUCAGUUUGUAAAAUUGUGAAUUUAAAUCAUGAAUAUUUAUUUUUACCCUUAUUUAAUGCUAUGUAGUAGAAUAAAUAAAACUGUUAGGAAUAAAUAAAAAGCGGAGAAAACUCCAGGUUCUCAUAUGAAGUAAUAAAUGUAUAGUAUUGUUUUAAAUUUGUGAUUCUGUAACUUUAUUCACCAUGACAGUGUUACUGUUAUGUAUUUUUUACAUGUUUUUUAUAAUAAUGUAUACUUAUGUAUAGCUUGUUACUUCUUGUAUAGAAGAAUAAUGUUUUGUUUUUCUUGUAAUUUUUACUUUUAUAAUUGAAAUUAAUUUUUGCUUUAAUACAAAACAUCUUGUUCACAA